CUAGUCGGGAUGCUGUAGUUCACUGCCCAUUCACUGCUCCCGCCCCGCCCGCGGUGACGUCACCGAGUCGAAUGUUUACAAUGUAGCGGAAACUGACCGCGUUCUAAUCCAUUGUUAAAUGGUUACAUUGUUGCCCCGGGAUUCCACCCGUGUCAUUACCAGCAAUUGCAACCUGGUGAAGGACGGAGACCUUGGCUGGCCGGUGCGAGAAUGAACUGUAGAUCUCAGACCCUGGAGCUGACGGUGGAAGCCAGGCAAAUCGAGGAGACGGUGCUGGCUGUCCUCCACACCGUACUUCUGCACAGGAGCUCGGGGAAAUUUCACUACAAGAAGGAAGGCACCUACUCAAUCGGCACCGUGGGCACCGAAGAUGUCGACUGCGAUUUCGUCGAUUGCACCUACGUGAGGGUAUCGUCGGACGAGCUGGACCGCACGUUGCGCCGGUCCGUAGGCGAGUUUAAGGAUGCUCUUCGCAACUCUGGCAGUGAUGGGAGCGGUCAGAUUUCCCUGGAAUUCUACCAGAAGAAGAAGUCACGGUGGCCGUUCUCCGAUGAGUGUAUCCCAUGGGAGAUGUGGGCCUUCAAACUCAAUGUGGUGAACUUGGCCAAUGAGCAGGAGCGGCAGAUCUGCAGGGAGAAGGUGGGUGAGAAGCUGGGUGAGAAGAUCAUCAACAUCAUCGAGGUGAUGAACAGACACGAGUACUUGCCCAAAAUGCCCACGCAGUCGGAGGUGGACAAUGUCUUUGACACAAGUCUGAGAGACGUACAACCCUACCUGUACAAAAUUACCUACCAGAUCACUGAUUCUCUGGGAACAUCUGUCAGUACCACCAUGAGGAGGUUAAUCAAAGAUACCCUGGCUUUAUAACCUGGCAAGAAAUCAUCAAGAAAAAUCCUGUCGCAGUUUUUAAUUGACGUCCUUCCCCCUAGCCGUCAGCUUCUGGUGUUUUAUUUCCUUGAGACAACUUGGGGUUGUCUGUCCAUUUUAAAAUGAGCCACAGUGUGCAAUACCGUGCAAAAUUUCAUGUUUUCGAGGCCCAGCAGAAAGGUGGUUUAUAUAUAUAUUUAUUUUAUUAAAUGAUCAAAGAUGGUCGGAAAAAUGUUUUAAGUUACCGGAAACGGCUCUGGAAAGGAGACGCAUCCACUAUUGAGACUGUUAACCAUUGAGAUUUUCCCCUUCUCUGGAAAGGAUAUUGUAUAUAGACACGGAAAUGGUCAGCGAUUUCUGCAUUGCCAUACAGAGAAAGUAGCCUAUUCAUUCACUAGAUAGCCAUUAAGCGGCGUCUUCUGGCAACUAUGAAACUAUCCCCUGGCAUUACUUUUCACCUCAUGGAGAAAAUGUAACGGGGAGAUAGGAGGAGCAGCAGCAAGGAAAAGAUAGAAAUCAUAAUUGUAUUUAAAGUAAAAGUCAGGAUGUGGUAUUCUGAAGUUGAGUUCAGAAAUAAUGUUUUAAUUUUCUUAUGGUAUAAUCUUCUAUGAUAAAAAUGAAUAAACAGAAAAUCCAUUUGGAUUAUUUAUUUACUUGGGUGGUUAAAUGAUGCAGGAUGGUGGGUCCAUUGGCUCAGCUGUGUUGACAGUACACGGGUCUAUUGCCAUUUGUCUCUGCAGCAAUAGUUUGCACACAUUUAAUCUCGCGCAAACAAAAUUGGGGGAAGGGAUGUGGGGAAGGUGGAAUUCGGAGAGAGAAUGCUAAACCAUAAUCAACACCACUGAUGAUUGGACCUGUUUUUGGUGGGACGGUUCAGUCACUCUCCAUGUUAUUCUCUGGAAGGCUUUGUGCUUGUCCUGUGUUAAGUUCAAACUUAUUUUGCAUUAUAUACAGAUAAUGUACUUAUUAAAUGACUCGGUGCUGAGAAUAGUUGGAAAAACCUACCUUACUAUGAUCAUCAAUGAAAACAAGCUCAUUUUUUAAUCAUACUCGGGUUUCAGAGUGCAUCGAAGCUUGGAGCCGUCGAUAAACUGAUUUUCUCCUUGCUUGGUUUAGGCAGUACCCAUUCACUAGUCCAGAGAUAUGGUCUUCAUCAAUGACGAUAAUAUUUUGGGCUCAGCAUUUUUGGGAAGAACUGCUGGAGCACACCUAGUUGACACUGACCAGUCCAUACAAUGGAAAGUCACUGAUACAGAGAUAGGCCCUCUUCCCCUCAGUUAAAUGGAGAUCCAGUUAACAUCUAGUCCACCAUGCCCAACUAACGAGGUAGGUUGGUUGAUGUCUGAGAUCCUUAGACUUUACAUUACUGUAUUUGGAGAAGUUGGUAUUUCUAUUGGCAAGCACGUCAUCUUUAAGCCACAUUGACUCCAAAGAUACCUCUGCUACCUCUAACCCAAGUGUAGUCACUAGUUCAUCACUAGGCAGUUUGCAAACAUGGGGGUGCCAUAGGCAAUGGAAACCAUCAAUAAACUGAGAGUGACCAGCUAUUAACUUGCAUACCAUUAAACUUUGAUCUCCACAUCUCUUGAUAAAACCAACAGUUUAAUGUCUCGUUGGAGCUGAUGUGGGAAGUUGUCAAACCUUGGAGACGAGUGAAUAUUCUUGUACAUAUCCUCCAAUUCUGACUUUUCCAACACAACUGCAGGCUAUACUCAGAUAUAAAUUGCCCACCUUUGGUUAUGAGCUAGCCUAUGUUGACUUCAACAGCUGAUUUCAACUGCUUUGCAACUAAGCGUGCUACUGUUGGGCUAAUGGGCACAGAGGAGUAAAAAAGCUCCACCUUUAAACGUUAUCCUCGCAACUGUUACUGCACAGCAGGGGAUUGUUGAUGAGCAGGCUGCUGUGAUGCCUUGUUUAAAUAACCAGAAAAGCUUAUUGGCUCUUGUGUGAGCAUGCAGAUGUUAUUGAAUCAUAAUAACACCAGAAUGUGUCAGUGCCUUCAGAGAUGAAAUGAAGGAAAAGGUGGGAGCAGAAUGGGAAUGUAUGCCUGAAUUGCAAUUUUUAACAAAUAAAGAUAAAUUCUUCUUGCAGAAGUGAACAAUUUCACCAAUGCAGACAUGUGCAUGAGACAAACUAUGUUAACUGUAUGAUUUUACUUUUAAUGUGAUGCCAGCCUUCAGGUGGCACAUUGUUAAGUAGAAAGGACACGCUAUUUGAGAUGUAUAACCAGGAUUUGUAUAGCACAGCAAUAAUACUAACUCUAAUAGGAGUUACUCAAAUUUGGUCAUUAAAGAUAUUUCCGAGUA